AGCGGGGGCGCGCACAGCACCAAUAUAUCAUUUUACUGAUAUUUUUGCGCUGAAUAUGAGACGCGGGGGUCCUGAAGAGCACCAGAGAGCGACGGUUUCUCCUUCUGUCCGUCUCUCUCAGACACAAUGGCAGUGGACAAGCGCUUGGCUUAUUCUAUCGUUCAGUUCCUCAGAGAUCAGACUCACUGUGGCUCGCUGAAUUCAGAUGAACAGGAGAGUCUGGAAGUAGCAGUGCAGUGUCUGGAGACCACCUUCAAGAUCAGCUCCAGUGACUAUCAUCUUGCCGGCCCUCAGCCGCUGAGAGAGGUAUUCCUCAACUCCCUCCUCAAGAAUGAUACUGUUUCAUUACCUGAGACGUUUCCAUCUCCAGAGGACAUCGAGAGAGCCGAGCAGCUGAAAAAUGAGGGGAAUAACCACAUGAAGGAGGAGAAUUAUAGCAGUGCUGUGGACUGUUAUACAAGAGCCAUUGAGUUGGACCAAAGAAAUGCAGUGUACUACUGUAACAGGGCCGCGGCGCACAGUAAGCUGGGACACUACACCGAGGCUACGGGGGACUGUGAGCGAGCCAUCGCCAUCGACCCGGCGUACAGCAAAGCUUACGGCAGAAUGGGAUUGGCACUAACGUCUAUGAGCAAGUAUCCCGAGGCGAUCUCUUAUUUUAAUAAAGCUCUGGUGUUAGAUCCUGAAAACGACACUUACAAAUCCAACCUGAAAAUAGCAGAGCAGAAAAAAAAAGAAGCAUCCAGCCCCACGGCCACAGGACUGGGCUUUGACAUGACCAGCCUCAUCAAUAACCCCGCCUUCAUUAGCAUGGCUGCCAGCGUGAUGCAGAACCAGCAGGUGCAGCAACUCAUGUCGGGCAUGAUGUCUAACGCAGUGGGGGGACCGGCGGCCGGAGUCGGGGGAUUAUCUGACAUAUCCAGUCUCAUUGAAGCUGGACAGCAGUUCGCGCAGCAGAUCCAGCAGCAGAACCCAGAGCUGAUCGAACAGCUGAGGAACCACAUCCGGAGUCGCUCGUUCAGCGGCAGCGCCGAGGAGCACUCCUGAUCCUGAUCCUGAUCCCAGCAGGGUCGAGAACUGAAGGAGGGCAGGUGGAGAAAGGGGCGCGAGUGCAAUCGUUUAAACCCCAGAUGGAGGGCAUGGCACUUUAUAUGAAGUCAUCAGAAGAGAAGAGGAAAACACAUUUAAACUCACCUGAUACACAGAGAGCAUUAUCUUAACACCCGAGUGAGGUUUCUUUGUGUUUGUCUGCGCAGUCCUCUCUUUAUGAAUGUAGCUGGUAACGACACAUCAGAGUUGAGUUUAUUUUACUAAACGAACGAUUGCUCAUAUGUUCGUUCCUGUUAAUUUGCUGUGGGGCCAUGGUUAUUAAUAUCCAAGGACAUUUUUUUAGGGAUAGUUCAGUCCUUAAAAAACAACCCACUCGUUGUUUAGUCAUGAGGGUGAGGAUAUGAUGACCGAAUAUUUGUUUUUAGGGGAACUAUCCCUUUAACACAUUCUUUGAUUAUUUUUUUAUUAUAUAUUCUGUCCGUUUUAGGAACAAGAGACAUUUGUGUGUGAUGAUCACUAUAUCAGCUGCUUCACUAAGCCGGUUUAUUUAGGCGUUUGAUUUAUCAGUAAUGAAAGCAAAAUAUUGCUAUAAUAAACAUAUUGUAUUCAUACAUACAUAUCACCGUUUGCGCUUUUCUUUUGCAUGCUCCAUAGUCGGAUAUUUAAAAUCUGAUGAGUGAUUAAAGAUUAUGUAAAAUGCUCAUAAAAACUGUUUGUCAAACAAAUGUUAAUAAAUGUGUCUUGAAAUCA